CCCUCUCUCUCGAGUCUCAACCUCUCUCGCUCUUUCUCUGUCUACUAAGCCAUCGUCGCACGGCUCCAACAUCUCACUCAGUACACGCUUUCACCCCCCCCUCGUCCGCCCACCAUGUCCGACAUAGGCGCCGACAAGAAUGCGGCGUACAUCACGACCUACUCGCCCUCCUUCCUAACCCACAUCUACGACAGGUAUGUCCUGGGCUUCAACAUGAGCAUCAUGUGGGGCUGCCCAGUCGAGAGCAUCCUCCUCCCCUUCUUCAGCGAAAAUUUCUCGCGGAACCACCUCGACGUCGGCGUCGCCACGGGCUACUUCCCCGCCGCCGCCCUCGCGCGCCCCUUCCGCCGCGACAGCAAGCAGCACCUCACCUUGCUGGACCUGGGCCCGAACCCGCUGCGCGCCGCCUCGGCCCGCGUCCUCUCCGUCGCCACCGCCACCGAGCUGCGCUGCGUCGAGGCCGACGUCACCGAGCCCCCGCCCGACGAGCUGCGCGGCAGCCGCUUCGACUCCAUCUCCAUGUUCAACCUGUUCCACUGCGUCCCCGGCGGCAAGGCCAAGUUCCGCGGCCUCGCCACCUUCAAGGGCCUGCUGAGCGAGAACGGCGUCCUGUGCGGCUGCACCGUCCUCGGGAACGCGCACGCCGCGAACUGGUUCACCUCCAAGUACCUCUGGCUGUACAACAAGCAGCUGCAGGUCUUCCAUAACUACGACGACAGGAAGGAGGACGUCCUGGAGGUUUUGGAGAGGGAGUUUGAGGAGGUCGAGACGUGGGUUAUCGGCACCAUGAUGUUGUUUAGGGCGAAGAAGCCCAAGAAGACCCCCGUUGAUGUGCAGUGAUUCUGAUGGCUCAACGAAUGCUACGAUGCGUAUAUCGAGAUCUCCCCAACAAGCCCCAAGCGUCGUGACUCGUGAGACUGCGAUGCCAUAACUGGAGUUGCUUCGAGUAAGUGAAAAGGGACGUGGAAAUUAUUCUGCGGGUAUGACAAGGUUCAUCGUCCAUGGUGAGAGCUUUUGGACUUACUCUUCUCAGGUAUCGCUUAACACCGCAAGACACAUGGGAACGUAAGCUUGGAGAAAUGUUGUAUCAAAUUGCUAUGGUAGAUGAGGAACAUGCAUGUACUGAUGUGCUGGACCUGGAUGCAGAGCUUAACAAACGGAUCCUAUACUACUAUGGGCUCUUAUGCAUAACUGGAAGUUACUGUACAUAUAACCACA